AUGGAAUCCCAGAGUAACACUGCUCAGCGUUUCUAUGGUGACUACAGUUUUAAUACCGGAGCGGUUAAACGGUUUUCUGCUGUUGAUUACGGAAUAUUCGCCGCAGUUCUAGCAAUAUCUGCCGGCAUCGGAGCUUGGUUUGCUUGGAAAGAUCGUCGAAAAAAGGGCAUCGAUGAUUUUUUGCUGGCGGGGAGAAAUAUGUCUCCAUUUCCUGUGGCUCUAUCUCUAUUGGCCAGUUUUAUGUCCGCCAUCACGUUGUUAGGGACGCCAGCUGAGAUGUAUAACUUUACGACCAUGUAUUGGUGGAUUGGGUUAGGAUAUUUCUUUGUGAUUGCAGGAGCGUCUCAUAUCUACAUUCCAGUUUUUUAUAAUCUAGGAGUCACCAGCGCUUAUGAAUAUCUAGAGAGACGUUUCAGUCGAGGUGUGCGGACUUCUGCGUCAAUGACGUUUGUGCUUCAAAUGAUUCUGUACAUGGCCAUAGUACUGUAUGCUCCGAGUCUGGCUCUUCACUCUGUGACAGGUUUUACACUCUGGGGCUCCGUUGUUUCUGUUGGUGCUGUGUGUACUUUGUAUACUGCAUUUGGUGGUAUGAAGGCCGUGUUGUGGACUGAUAGCUUUCAGGUUAUAAUGAUGGUCAUCAGCCUCCUGGCUAUCCUGAUUCAAGCAGCGGUUAUUGUCGGAGGAUGGGGCUACGCCUGGGAAUCUGCUGGUAGAACUAACAGAAUUUGGUUCACUGAUUUCAGUGUUGACCCCUCAGUAAGACACAGUGUGUGGUCACUCACAAUUGGUGCAUAUUUCACCUGGGUGGCCAUUUUUGGGACGAAUCAAGCCAUGGUGCAAAGAGCAGUCACGUGUCCAACGUUAAAGAAAGCCCAAAUUGCGAUGUGGCUCAACUUUCCAGGGCUGUGCAUUAUUUUGUACCUGAGCUGCUUCAUCGGUAUAUUCAUGGCAUCAUUUUAUGAGAAGUGUGAUCCAAUAACGACGAAAUUUGUGUCCAAUUCUAAUGAGAUCCUACCAAUGUUUGUUAUGGAUAUUUUAGGCCACGUCGUUGGCUUACCUGGCCUGUUUGUUGCCGGCUUGUUCAGUGGUGCGCUCAGCACUAUCUCGUCAGGAUUGAACUCCAUAUCGGCUUGUGUGCUGGAAGACAUCUGUCGGGCUUACUUCAAGUCCUAUUUCAGAGAAAGCAGAGCCAGGCUACUGUCCCUCAAUUACUUGUUUGAAUUGUGUUUUUCCCAUACGGGUGGAGGGUUCCAUUUUCUGA